GUUACCGGAAGGCGUGGUGGGGCACGUCUAUGCGGCGGCGCGGUGUAGUCGAUAUGGCGACUGAGGGGGAUGUGGAGCUGGAGUUGGAGACUGAGACCAGCGGACCGGAGCGGCCUCCCGAGAAGCCACGGAAGCAUGACAGUGGUGCGGCGGACCUGGAGCGGGUCACUGACUAUGCGGAGGAGAAGGAGAUCCAGAGUUCCAACCUCGAGACGGCCAUGUCCGUCAUUGGAGACAGACGGUCCCGGGAGCAGAAAGCUAAACAGGAGCGGGAGAAGGAACUGGCAAAAGUCACCAUCAAGAAGGAAGAUCUGGAGCUGAUAAUGACAGAGAUGGAAAUCUCUCGAGCAGCAGCAGAGCGGAGCUUGCGGGAACACAUGGGCAACGUGGUAGAGGCUCUUAUUGCCCUAACCAACUGAUAUGUGCUUUUUCAGACAUACCUGUUGGAUUAAUUUAUUGCAAUAAAGACUUUUGUCUUUUUUUGCAGUUUUAUCACUUUGGA